AUGUGUGUGCCCACUUCUGCAUAUGAGCCCGCGGCCGUGCCCGCCAUUCCUGCCGAGCCCGAGUUCCAGCAGGCUUACAAUGAGCUCGCGAGCACCCUCGAGAACUCCACCCUCUUCGAACAGCACCCCGAGUACCGUGUCGCGCUAAAGGUCGCCUCCAUCCCCGAGCGUGUCAUCCAGUUCCGUGUCGUCUGGGAGGACGAUAACGGCGUUCUCCAGGUCAACCGCGGCUACCGUGUUCAGUUCAACUCUGCCCUUGGUCCUUACAAGGGUGGUCUCCGAUUCCAUCCCACCGUCAACUUGUCCAUUCUCAAGUUCCUUGGUUUUGAGCAGAUCUUCAAGAAUGCCCUCACUGGCUUGAACAUGGGUGGUGGUAAGGGUGGUGCCGAUUUCGACCCCAAGGGCAAGAGCGACAGCGAGAUCCGACGAUUCUGCGUUGCCUUCAUGCACGAGCUCAGCAAGCACAUUGGUGCUGAUACCGACGUUCCCGCUGGUGAUAUUGGUGUUGGUGGCCGAGAAAUUGGCUACCUCUUCGGCUGCUACCGCAGGGAGCGCAACCGAUUCGAAGGUGUCCUCACCGGCAAGGGUCUUACCUGGGGUGGUUCUCUGAUCCGACCUGAGGCUACUGGCUACGGUCUCGUCUACUACGUCGACCUCAUGCUCGAGCACCUUGGUAAGGGCUCCAUGGCCGGCAAGCGCGUCGCCAUCUCCGGCUCCGGUAACGUCGCCCAGUACGCCGCCCUCAAGUGCCUCGAGCUCGGCGCCACCGUCCUCUCCCUCUCCGACUCCAAGGGUACCGUCAUCAUCGACGGCGAGGGAUCCUUCACCGAGGAAGAUAUCCACACCAUCAUCGCGCUCAAGGCGGAUCGCCGCCCCAUCGUCGAGUUCGAGUCCAACGGCAGGACCAAGUACAUCGCUGGCGUCCGCCCCUGGACCCACGUCGGCAAGGUCGACAUCGCCCUCCCCUGCGCCACCCAGAACGAGGUCAGCAAGGAGGAGGCCGUCCACUUGAUCGAGAACGGCUGCUACAUCCUCGCCGAGGGCUCCAACAUGGGAUCCACCCAGGAGGCCAUCGACGUUUUCGAGGCUCACCGUGCCGAGAACGGGCCCAACGCCCUCUGGUACGCCCCCGGAAAGGCCGCUAACUGCGGUGGUGUCGCCGUUUCUGGUCUCGAGAUGGCCCAGAACAGCCGCCGUCUCGCCUGGUCUGCCCAGGAGGUCGACGACAAGCUCAAGACUAUCAUGAAGAAUGCCUUCGAUAACGGUGUUGCUACCGCUCAGAAGUACGUCGCCUCCAAGGAGGGCGAGCUCCCCUCGCUCGUCGCCGGUUCCAACAUUGCUGGCUUCAUCAAGGUCGCUCAGGCCAUGCACGACCAGGGUGACUGGUGGGCCAAGAGCGUCCAGUAA